AGCGUGCGCGUGUGACCGAGAAAGGGAGGGUGCACUAGGUAGACCGGUGACUCACUAAUACCGACACUCCUUAAUCCGUGUAGUUUGGCCGUAUUUAGAGGUUGAUGAGGAAGGAUAGGUGUUGCAAUAACAGACUGAUAGAGGUGAGGAGGGUUACACAGGAGAGACAAGCCGCUUCAGAGCGACUGGGUUCAUCUGAGAGAAGGAAGGAGAAGACACACAAGGAUACAGACAGAAAACCCAGCAACCCGUUCCAACAAACUCCUACCUGGCUAUGACUGAAGUCCUCCCGGGCAGCCAUGCCAGAACUCCAGAGCCAGAGCUCCGCCUGGUCCUCCUAGGGACCAUCGGCUGUGGCAAGACCCUGUCAGGAGACACCCUCCUGGGCCAGUCCUCCUCCGGCUCUCCUUCCUCCUCUGGUUCUUCCCCCAGGCUUUGCCAGCUGAGGCCUGGGGCCUCCGAGGGCCGGAGGUUGACUGUGGUGGAGGCCCCUCGCUGGUACUGGAGCGGGGGCCACAUGGAGGCUGGGGUGAGGAAGGAGACAGAGAGGGCACUUGAGCUAGCUGCCCCGGGGCCACACGCCUUCCUGCUGCUGGUUCCUGUCGGCCAGUUCACCGAGGUGGAGCACAGAGUGCCCGCUGAGCUGGAGGAGGUGUUUGGGGAGGGGGUGUUGAAACACACCCUGGUACUGUUCACCUGUGGAGACUACUUGAUGGGCCAGGGGGUGGGGCAGUACCUGGAGGGAGAGGACCCUGGGCUCAGGGAGGUGAUUGACAGGUGUGGGGGCCAAUACCACGUCCUCAACAACCGCCGACCGCAGGACAGGGAGCAGGUCAGGGAGCUGCUGGAGAAGGUGGAGAACAUGGUACAAAAGAACAGAGGAUGCUACAUACGACAAAACACCCUGCAGAGAGAGAUGGAAGAACAAGCGAGGGGAGAGAGAGGGAACUGAAGGAGAAGGUGGAAGAACAAGCGAGGGAGAGAGAGAGGGAACUGAAGGAG